AUGUUCCUUCAAUUCAGCUUAAUAUUAUCAUUUCUUCUUUCCUGGAAAUUUGCAGAUGGCUGGUUUUUGGGAAUGCUCGGGUGCCAGAACAGAUGUCAACCACAUGCUGGAUAUUAUCAGAAUCGCAAUCCUUAUCCUUAUCAGUCGCAGCCCAUGAUGCAGUAUCCUCUUCCACAACAGAACGCCUAUCCAACUCCUCCAACCAGCUACGCAACCCCAGCUCAAUCUUAUCCUCUGGCUCCCCAACAUUCCAUUCCAAUGAGUUCAUACGCUAUUGCGAAAUAUGCCGUGGUACCAUCUUAUGCGCUUCCACCAGCUUACCCAACACCUCCCUCUUAUCCAAUUGCAUAUCCGACACCUCCCGCCUACGUUAGACCGCCAGUUUAUGUAACAGCACCACCUACGACGACUACAACAACUACAACAACUACAAUUCCUCCACCAAAGUGCUUCCAGAAUUCACACGGUUACAAAUGUUGUAACAGACAAUUGGAUCAAUUUUUGGAUGAGGCAGUCUCGCAAAUACAAAGACCCGAGUGGCAGAGAUGUAACUUGCAACGAUUUGCCACACAACUACAGCAACAAACCCAGGCGAUUUUCAAUCAUUCAAUGGAAGCUAUUGUUGCCAGUGGACACAUGGAGAACAUUUCUCAAUAUCGAGGAGAUCUUUAUUGUAAAAAGAGAAGUAUGGAUGGAAAGGUUGUUCUCAUUUACGGAUCAGUUGUUCCAUACUCAUUGGACGCUGGAGUGACCCGUCCAAUGAAUCCAGAGGAGUUAAGACGUGCAAAUUAUCCUGCAAAAUAUGACGAGAUUGGAAUUCACGAUGGCCAUGAAGAAAAUAUUUGGUUCUAG